AUGCGCUGCACAUCAAUCGUCCGUCAGUUCACCAUAAAAUGUACAACGUUAUUCCGAAUGGAUGAUAGCAUGUAUGUCUUGCCGCUUGAUGCUGAACCCCUUCAUCGAUAUACAAAAGGCGGAUAUCACCCCGUUGUUUUAGGAGAUACGUUGAAGAAUGGGAGAUACAGGAUACUACAUAAAUUGGGAUGGGGAGGCUACUCCACAGUGUGGGCUGCGAGAGACCAAAGGGAGGACACUUACGCGGCCGUCAAAAUAUCUGUUGCAAAAAAUGAAAGCGAACAAGAGAACCAGGAAGUACAUGUCAUGCAGACACUGGCAGCUACUCAGCCUAGACCCCAGCAUGUCAUGCGCAUGAUAGAUGAUUUUGACUUAAUGGGCCCCAACGGUAGGCACAAAUGCCUCGUCCUCGAUUUAGUAGGACCUAACGUCCCUGAAUUCGUUGAACCACAUUUUUCCGAUGGCAGGCUACCGGGCAAUUUAGCCAAGCGUAUUGCUAACCAAGCUCUGAUCGGACUUGAUGGUUUGCAUCAGCACAAAAUCGGUCAUGGAGACCUUCACACUCGCAAUUUGACCUUUACGAUGCCGCAUUUAAAAGAUUUACAAGAAAAUAAAUUUAUAGAGGCAUUAGGGCAGCCGAAGAUUGGCUACGUUCAAAGGACAGAUGAAAAACCACUUGAAGCCGGAGUACCAAAGUAUAUUGUUAGACCGGCUGUAUUCCAGUCCCAGUCUUGGUUGUCCCAUGAAAUCAAGAUUAUUGACUUUGGGGAAUCGUUUCUGCCAGGCUCCAUCCCACAGACUCUCCACACCCCACUGGCUGUCCGGGCACCUGAAAAUAUUUUUCAAGAUUCUUUCGACUAUCGUGUAGAUCUAUGGAGCAUGGGUUGUAUGCUUUUUGAACUCUUCGUAGGCCAACCGCCUUUUGAUACCAUCAUGAAAACCCCGGCGAUCCUUGAGGGUCAAAUGCGAGAGAUGGCAAGUGAUACGCUCCCUACGAGAUGA